CUCCACCUGCGGUCAGUGCGGCGGCCCCGGCGCUUCACCUCUCUCUCUCCCUCGACCCUCCCUCAAUUCCGCUCAGAUCUGCGUCACUUUCCUCGUCUCCGGCUCUCCGCCGCGUCGAACUCUUGCAGCGCUCCUCUCUCUCUCUCUCCCCCUCCCCCCCUCCCUCUCUCCCUCCCUCCCCCCCUCCCUCCCUCCCUCCCCGUGCACCGCUCGCUUCCGGAUGCUGGAGCAUAGCAUCUCGAUACUUCCUUCCUUGCCUGUCCUCGCUCCCUAUUCCCAUUCCCUACCAGCUUGCCCUGCUUUCUUCUUCAGGCAGGGUCAAAGCAGGGGGCGCAAGAGGAUGCCGUGCCGGGCGUUCGCGCCAGAUCUUGGCCGGGCAGGGGCUACGGCCGGCGGCAGUAGGAGGAUGAGGAGGGGGAGGACAUGAAGUCGUCGCUGCGGAGCCGCCGGCAGGAGCUGCGGCGUGUCAGCAACGGCGUCAUCUUCGGUGCCAUGCUGCCUCCUUCCUCCCGCAGUCUGUGGAGCCCGCAGGUGACGCGGAUCCGGCGACGGCGUCUGUGCCGCCACUCCUCUCUUCAAGAUCUGACGACGGCUUCUCCUCCUCUCCCUCAAGGUCCGACGGCGACGGAUUACGGGCGAUGCGCUGACUCAGCCUCCGGCGGCACAACUUGGCUCGUCCUAUGGCAUCCGCUCCUACGAUUGCGAUUCUUCACCUGCUACCUCCUGUCUUGGCGUCUUUGUCUUAUGCGUGCUAUCUCCAAUCCCUACAGGCAAGGUGGAGGACUAGCUCCAGGAGCAGAUGAACUACUCCAUCCAGAUGGAGAUGGAGGAGUCGCCAGCCAGGAUGCCCGGAGGUCGGGGAUCAGAUGCAACAAGGAAUAGAGAGGAGAUUCAGAUGCAGCUAGCAACAAGGAAUUAGAAGAGAUUAGAAACUUAACAAGGAAAUGUAUGAGACUAAUGGUUUUUGUGGAUCCAUAAUUCUUUUUGUUAUUUUUCUGAUUCUUGAGGAAAUUGUUGUGGUCUCUUAUUUGGUGUGAUUUGUACCAAUGUUAAGAUGAUUAUAAUAUACAUAUGUUUUGGGGUUAAAA